AGUGACCCCGUACGGAAGGAGGAGGCUGCUGAUGACGAUGAUGACGCCGUUGUGAGGAGGUAAACAAAACAGCCAUGGGGGGCAAGACGGUGGCGUACUUCUAUGACCCUGAUGUCGGGAAUUUCCACUACGGCCCGGGUCACCCCAUGAAGCCACACCGGUUAUCCAUCACACACAGCCUGGUCCUCCACUACGGUCUAUACAAGAAGCUUCAGAUCUACCGGCCCUACCGAGCCAACUUCCACGACAUGACACGGUUUCACUCGGAGGAAUAUAUUGACUUUCUAAUGAGAGUUUCGCCACAAAAUGUCCAAAACUUCACUAAAAACCUCGGACAAUUCAACAUGGCGGAUGAUUGCCCAGUGUUUGACGGCCUCUACGACUUCUGCUCCAUGUACACGGGGGCGUCGCUGGAGGGAGCCGUCAAGCUCAACCACCACUGCUGCGAUGUGGCGGUCAACUGGUCUGGGGGGCUCCACCACGCUAAGAAGUUCGAGGCGUCGGGCUUCUGCUAUGUGAACGAUAUUGUGAUUGCUAUUCUGGAGAUGCUGAAGUACCACCCCCGCGUGCUGUACAUCGACAUAGACAUCCACCAUGGGGACGGCGUACAGGAAGCCUUCUACCUCACCGACCGUGUCAUGACCGUGUCCUUCCACAAGUACGGAAACUACUUCUUCCCCGGCACAGGCGACAUGUUUGAGAUCGGCCACGAGAGCGGGCGAUACUACUCCGUCAAUGUUCCGCUGAAGGAGGGGAUUGACGACGCAAGCUACACUCAGGUCUUCAAGCCAGUCAUCGAGGCGGUCAUCGACUACUAUCGGCCCACCGCCAUUGUGCUUCAGUGCGGGGCAGACUCACUCUCCGGGGAUAGGCUUGGAUGUUUCUCUCUCUCCACCAAGGGGCAUGGAGAGUGCGUUAACUUCACCAAAAAGUUCGGGGUGCCCCUCCUGGUGCUGGGGGGUGGGGGGUAUACUCCUCGCAACGUGGCGCGCUGCUGGGCAUACGAAACGGGGUUGUUGGUGGACACUGACAUGCCCACGGAGAUACCCUACAACACUGAGUACUUCCAAUACUUCGCCCCGGACUUCUCCCUGCACCCGGAGGUCAUCACACGACAGGAGAACGGUAACUCGCGGCAGUACCUGGAGGCCAUCGUCAAACAUGUGUGCGACAACCUCAAAAUGGUCCAGCACGCGCCAAGUGUACAAAUGCAGGAUGUCCCUCGCGACGGAAUGGACAUCAAGAAGGAGGAAGCGGAUGACCUCGACCCAGACACUCGACUUCACCUUUCGGAGGAGGACAAGAGAAUUGAACCGGAUAAUGAGUUUUUCGACGGAGAGAAGGACAAUGACAAGGAGGAAGAGCCUGUCCUCUCUUCCUCCUCCUCUUCCUCCUCCUCCUCCUCCGCCUCCUCCACGACCACAGCAACCACCACCACCACAAUGAACUAGGACCUCUCUCUCUCUCUCUCUCUCGCUCUUUCUCUUGCUAAUAUAUUUUCUUCUUCCUCCUCCUCCUCCUCCUCCUCCUCCUACUACUACUACUACUACUACUACUACUAUUACUACUACUACAAUUAUGUGCAAAUUAUACAGUAUUAGUGGUUUUUAAAUCUUAUAUACUACUACUACUACUACUACUACUACUACUACUACUACUUUUUAAUCAUAAGCUAGCUACAUUUUGAAGUACCUAGACACUUAUUUUUAUUAUUAUUAUUAUUAUUAUUAUUAUUAUUAUUAUUAUUAUUAUUAUUAUUAUUAUUAUUAUUUUUGUAUAUAUUUUAGAUAGGUCAUAUUUUUUGUAUCUAUCUAUUUUAUCUAUUCCAGUUUUAUCAAUGUUUUUAUUUAUUUCCAUUUUUAUCAAUCUCUCUCUCUCUCUCUCUCUCUCUCUCUCUCUCUCUCUCUCUCUCUCUCUCUUCUAUUUUUAUCAAGUUUUAUCUAUAUUUAUCUAUCUGUUUAUCUAUUGUGACCUGUUUACAUAUAUAUUUCUUUUAUUAUUAUUAUUAUUAUUAUUAUUAUUAUUAUUAUUAUUAUUAUUAUUAUUAUUACUCUUCUUCUUCUUCUUCUUCUUCUUCCUCUUCUCUUAAACACAACUGCCAUUAUGUAUUUUUAUAAACUAUGUAAGGAGUAA